AUGGUGAAGAGUUGCUGUGCAGUUGGUUGCGCUAACCGUUUCGCGAAAGGCGGUGGAAAGAGCUUUUAUAAGUUCCCAACUAAUCAGCUCAGGAGAGCAAAGUGGAUUGCUGCGCUGAAGCGCAAGAACUGGCAGCCCAACGCUUCCAGCUGGGUGUGCUCGGAUCACUUUGUAAGGUUCAAGAAGAGCGACGAUCCACUAUCCCCUGAUUUUGUCCCGUCUGUUUUUUCAGACGUGGGUCGAGUAAAUGGUGAGAAAGCUUACGUAAAAUUUGAUCGCCACAAGGCCCGACGGCAUGCAGCUUCAAAGCCAACAGCUCAGCCUGAAGAUACCUGCCAUGGCAAUCAUGAGCCCGUGCUGACUGGAGAAAGUGACUGUAAUGCUGACAAGGAAAUCGAAGAGGAGAGUGCGCCGAGAGAUUCAUGUUCGUCAGACUCUGUUGAGCCAGCGUCCCCAGCUCAGCCAGAGCUCACUGAAGCCAGCAGCCAUGUCGACAAUAGUGCUGAACAAGAAAAUGACGAUCUGCGACGGCGGCUAGCCUUGCUUCAGGCGACAGUGGCACAGCUGGAAGAGGACAAAUGCCAGCUGAAUGGUCAGUUGCAGGAACAGAAAUCUGCUAUUUCUGCUCUCACCGUCAAAGUACAGCACCUGGAAGCCACUGUGAAACAUCAAAAAUCAGAGGCGGCAAUGUCUUCCAUCAUAUCAGGAUUCAAGUCCAAUGAUGACAUGAUGAGAUAUGAAACUGGCCUCCCAUCUUUUGCUGUGCUGGAGAAAGUGUUCGCAUUUGCUGGCAAGGACAUCCCCGACCACCACCGAGCGGCACUUCCGUCCUUUGCGCAGUUUAUUAUUGUCCUGAUGAAGCUGCGCCUCAACUUGCACGAUCAAGAUCUAGCACAUCGCUUCGGCAUUAGCCAGUCUACCGUCUCAAAGUACUUCCACAAAUGGAUCCACGUCCUUUAUGACAGGCUGCAGCCGUUGAUCAUCUGGCCAGAGCGCUCCGAACUGUACCGCACGAUGCCAUUGGAGUUUCGCGGACAGUUUGGGAAGUGCAUUUGCAUUAUUGAUUGUUUUGAAGUGUUUUGCGAAAGGCCACAUGGUCUGAUGGCCAGGGCUCAAACCUUCUCUAAUUACAAACACCACAACACGGUUAAAUUUCUUAUUGGUAUCACCCCGCAAGGCACUAUUUCCUUCAUCUCCAAAGGAUGGGGUGGCCGGACAUCGGAUAAGUACAUCACGGAGCAUUGCGGGCUGUUGGACAAGCUAUUGCCGGGUGAUCAGCUAAUGGCAGACCGGGGAUUCACGGUCAGUGAUGCCGUUGGCCUGCACUGCGCUGAGCUGGUCAUACCUCCGUUCACAAGAGGCAAGAAGCAACUGUCGAGAAUCAGCAUUGAGAAGGCCAGGAAGCUGUCUCGGCUACGAAUCCAUGUGGAACGUGUUAUCGGCAACUUGCGGCAGAAGUACACUAUUCUGCAGUCAACCCUGCCAGUGAACAUGCUGAUGAGUGAUGCCUCAACAGGAGUGUGCACCAUCGACAAGAUUGUCCUGGUGUGCUCUGCGCUGUGCAACUGCUGCGACUCAGUGGUGCCUUUCCAGUAGAAGUAUUAACUUGUUUUUUUCCUUUUUUUGUCCCGUAUUGUGGAACGUGUGGCACGUUGUUGCUGCAUAGAUUACCUGGACAGGAGUGCAAUGCAAAUUAUGUUACUUGUAUUUUACCACUCCCUCGAAGAACGGCUUUUGUCCCUGUGUCUAGUUAUCACCAAUGUGUAAAUCUCAAUCAAUCACACUCCAUUACACACACACACACACACGCACACACACACACACACACACACACACACACACACACACACACACACACACACACACACACACACACACAUACACACACACGUCAUGUUUCAAAAAGCACAACUUGAAAUCAUCAUAUGAUUUCAUCUUUUUCGCUUGCCUGCACAUAAUAAUAACAAGCCCCCCUGUGGUCAUAUUGACUCCAGUUCAAAUUUCUGACACGGUGGAAUGUAUGAUCCUGCAGCCAUGCAUGAGCAUGGCUGUUGAUUUCUAUGUACAUGUAUGGUGCAAUCAUUUGUGUGAGAAGUGAGAGUUUUGGUGGGUUGGGCAUAGCUCCUAGUUACAUAAUUGCAUCAGGAUACAUGCAUGUAUGCACACACACACAUAUACACUACUACUGCUACUAUGUACAGCUGCCCUAUCGGGCCACGCCGCUAUCAUAAGCGGGAGACAACAACUAAAAGAGAGAAGAGAGGAAAGAAAG